AUGUUUCUUAUUAGGCCGUGGCUACGCGUCCGGUUACCUGACCACCAGGUCCCAGGCUACGCGUCCGGUUACCUGACCACCAGGAGAUUUGGGACGAAAUGUGCCGCGUGUGACCAAGGCAUACCUCCAACACAAGUCGUGCGACGAGCGCAGGACAACGUCUACCAUCUUCAGUGUUUCGCCUGCAUCAUCUGCAGUCGGCAGCUGGCCACCGGUGACGAGUUUUAUCUCGUUGAAGAUUGCAAGCUUGUGUGUAAAGUCGACUACGAGACGGCAAAACAGAGAGACGAGUUUUCCCUUUCUCCUGCAGAGAGUGACAGCACGAACAAGCGACCGCGCACAACGAUCACGGCUAAACAGCUGGAAACGCUGAAACAAGCGUAUAACGCGAGUCCGAAGCCCGCUCGGCACGUCAGAGAGCAGCUGAGUCAGGACACGGGGCUCGACAUGCGUGUCGUACAGGUCUGGUUCCAAAACCGCAGAGCGAAAGAAAAACGACUGAAAAAGGACGCCGGCAGGGCUCGCUGGGGUCAGUACUUCCGGAACAUGAAGACACGCACGAGUCGCGGGGGGUCGCGCUCCAACCGGAAGGAGUGCGACUCCAGCGUUGCCGAUAGCGAUCUUGACAUGGACGACUUUGAUGAUGAAGACCGAAUCAUUGAGACUAGUAGGGACGCGAGAGAGCACGGCUACGGCAGUCCGGGACUGCCGCACGUCCACGGCCAGAUCAUCGACCAAGAGCCGAACAUGGGUCACGUGCCAUCGGGCCCGCUGCCGCCCCCUCACGGCACGUUCUACGGCGGACUUCCGACCAGCCAUUCGUACCUCGGCGGCCACUCGCCGAACAUGCCGCCCAUGUCACAGCCCGGGGUUCUCAGUUAUACAGACGGACCGAUGAUGGUACCAGGAAUGCAAGAUGGAGGACCGCCCCUUCGCUUGGUCGGACCAGGCGGCCCUGGUUCAGAAGGAAGCUGUCAGAGUUACCCAGAAUUCCCUCCUAGUCCAGUAUCGUGGUUAGAUGACGUGGAAGGUGGUGGGGGAGGUGCACCCCACCCCCCGUAUUGACACGCUAGCAGUAGUGCGACAGAGUGACGCACGCGUAUCGCGAUUUGCUAUAAGUGUAUGCCCAAAGUCAAAGCAGUGUCUCUACCUAUCGAAACACGGCGAAAACUAGUAGACGAAUUCUAGUGAAAAACAUCCAGCACUGUAAAAGACGGGAGUUGUGCAUCACAUUGAUCAUGCUAAGGCUCAUUUGUUCUUUUACAGCCAUAAUAUAUUUUACUGUGAAAUAUGCCACUAUUAGUUCGAUUUCAAAAUAUAAUUCAAUUAUAACCUUAUUGGAAUACAUCAGGACAAAAAGGACACUGCAAAUGCCAUGUCUAUUAGUAAAAAAAUCAAGCGCCGUGGAAUAUGCGACUGGUUAUUUUUGAUAUGUGCAAUCAAGUAAGGAUUAAUUCACCCGAUUGCUCUGUACUGUCUAUUGCAAUAGACAACGGCGUUACUGCAAUUUUUGCAAGCACAAAAUUAAGAAGGGACAUCAAAGUAACACAUUCCAUAUUGGACCAUGGUAAUUCCGACUAUUAGCUAAAAGCUUGCUUCGCAAUGCUGGUGCAGUUAUACAUACGUAAAAACUACACGAUUCGUCAUGAUCAUCACUCAUCAGUACAAUUCCCUUUAGACGUUUCAUUAAAAUAAUGGCACGAGUUUUGGCAGUGUAUACGCAGAACAUUUUAGCAGCAUAGUCUGCGUGCAUUGGUGACACACCCUCGUUAGCAUACCGUUUCAAUUUUGCUGGUUACUGAUCCACAACUGCUGUCGCGAUAUACCACUAUGGAAUGAGCUUCAUACCGAAAAAUGUGGUACACAAAAUGCUAAUGGUGUCUCGAGUUUUCGCAAAAACUCUCACAUCUCAAAAUCAAUGAUAGCAUAGCUUUUCACUGACAAUUCGGCUGGUUUUCAUGCCUAGAAAAACGAUAGGAUUUAAUGUAAUUUUUUUACUCUACUUAAUAUUCAAGCCAACUUACAUGGUCACAUUAUUUGAUAUGGCCCGUGCGGGGCUCCUUGAAGUCUAGUCAAUGAUAAAACUGGAUCAAAUGUUUUGUAGCAAGUCUAGUGAAUGUUACACAUAAUGUACAUAGUUUUUGCUUGUAUGUCAUGUAUUUGUGUAAAAGCGUCCUAUCGUUAUAUAUAUAUAUACAUACACAUAUAUAUACAUAUAUAUAUUAAUUAUUAUAAAUUAUUAUUAUUUAUGAGGGUGGUUUUUGUGUGGACGAUUCCACCACGCACACGGUGACUCCCAAUGUCAACUUGGCUAGAUCUAAUAUAACAAACUAAUGUAUGUGACACACUGUUCUCUGUAUAAAUGAAUUUUGUGAUGAGGCGAUCGCAGAAACCAAAAGUUUCAUUUGUAAUAUAGUCGUGAAAUAUUGUACGGUGUACUAUCUGUGCACGUCUAACAUUUUACAUGUGGUUAUUAUGUAUAUAGUCCUGCUCUUACUGUUGUACUAAUUGUUGUACAAUUGCUUACUUUAUCUAUUUUUUUCAAUCAAAGCACGGAGGUUACUCAUCUUGUAUAACUUACGUCCAAAAAAACACUUGCAUUGUGUAAGAGAAAUAAGGCAUAAAAUACCCCUAUUACCAUCGUGAAAAUUACACUACACUAAACCUUUGGGUACAGGUGUGAUUGCAUGAUUGUAUCAUCAAAAUUAAAUGUAACAAAGCUGAUUUUAAAAUGCCAGACAUUGAUUACAUUGCAUAGAUCUUGUAUAUGUACAAUUAUUUAAAUAACAAUCUAGCUAUACAUUCCUCACAAAUGUGUGCAAUACGAUUCCUCCACAUCUGAUUACUGUCAGUACAUGUGUAUGUUAAACAAUUCUUGACUUGUCUGUGAACUAAAAUAAAUCAUAUUUGAUAGAAAUCUCUUUACAACAUGAUGAA